CAAUCCCUCCCUUUUGUGCCUCGCUGCUUGAGAUCUUGACUGAUCUUGAGGGACUGGUCAAUUGUCCUCGUGGCAUCUGUCUUGAAAUUCUACUCCCCUUCUUUUGUCAUUUUUUGUCAUCUACGCUCGCAACUUGCCUUGCGAGGUCGUUAUUACCGUCAGUUAUACUCCGCCGUUGCAGCUGUACUGUAACUAGCUAUCGCGAACCCGCGAGCAGCCCAACAGACCACAUACUCACAUACAUACUCACACACGCACCCACACCACUCAGUACAGUACCACAAGCGACGCCCAACAAACCACAUGCGCUGCCCCUUGACAGCCCACAUCCCUUUCUGAAAACAUCAUCAUCCACCAUGCUCCUCCCCACAAUGCGAACCCUCUUCGUCCUCGUGGCCCUCACCCUGUGUCUGGUGCAACUCGUCCUCGCGGCCGACGACUACUACAAGACGCUGGGGCUGGACAAAUCCGCCUCGGAGAAGGACAUCAAGCGCGCCUACCGGACGCUCAGCAAGAAGUUCCAUCCGGAUAAGAACCCAGGUGACGACACGGCCCGCGAGAAAUUCGUGCUCAUCGCCGAAGCCUACGACAUCCUCUCGACGCCGACCACGCGCAAGAUCUACGACCAAUACGGCCACGAGGGCAUCGAGCAGCACCGCCAAGGCGGGACGGCCGGGGGCCGCCGCGGGGGCAACGACCCAUUCGACCUGUUCUCGCGGUUCUUCGGGGGCGGGGGCCACUUCGGACACGCGCCGGGCCACCGGCGGGGCCCGGACAUGGAGCUGAAGGUGGGGCUGCCGCUGCGCGAUUUCUACAACGGGCGGGAGGUGUCGUUCGGGGUGGAGAAGCAGCAGAUCUGCGACGCGUGCGAGGGGACGGGGUCGGCGGACCGGGAGGUGGUGACGUGCGACAAGUGCGCGGGCCGCGGGGUGGUGAUCCAGAAGCAUCAGCUGGCGCCGGGGAUGUUCCAGCAGGUGCAGAUGCACUGCGACAAGUGUGGCGGCCAGGGCAAGAUGGUCAAGCGGCCGUGUCCGGUGUGUCAGGGCCAGCGGGUGGUGCGGAAGGAGGUGGAGACGUUUGCGACGAUCGAGCCGGGCAUGGGCAAGGGGACGCGGAUCGUCUUUGAGAAUGAGGCCGACGAGAGUCCCGAUUGGAUUGCUGGCGAUCUGGUGCUGAUUCUGGAGGAGCGCGAGCCCGAGUUGGUGGCUGAAGGAGGCACCGAUGGCACGUUCUUCCGCCGCAAGGGCAGGGAUCUGUUCUGGAAGGAGGCGCUGUCGCUGCGCGAGGCCUGGAUGGGCGACUGGUCCCGCAAUAUCACCCAUUUGGACGGCCAUGUCGUGCAGGUCGGGCGCACGCGCGGCCAGGUCGUCCAGCCCCUGGCGGUCGAGACCGUCAAGGGCGAGGGCAUGCCCUUCUAUUCCGAGGGCCAUUUGCACGAGUCCGACGAGGAAGAAGCCCCCGGCGAUCUGUAUAUCGAGUACACCGUCAUCCUGCCGGAUGAGAUGGAGAGCGGCAUGGAAAAGGAGUUCUUUGCCCUGUGGGAGAAGUGGCGCAAGAAGAACGGCGUCGUGCUCGAUCAGGACAGCGGUCGUCCGGUGUCGCAGCCUCGGGUCGUGAAGGAUGAGUUAUAGUAUAUCUUGGUCAAAAUGAUGUGUGCAAAAGCUGCUCGCAUGGAUGAAGUUGCAUAUGCUCUACUUUUUCUUUCUUCAUUCGGCCGUGCGCUAGAUAGACAAUCCAAUAGAAAUACCUCGAGACACACAACAGUCUUUCGUAUAGUCAAGGUGCAGGUUGCCACUUCAAACUACAAGGCUACUACGGGCAUGCUAUAUU